AUGGCGGCGCUGGUGCUGGUGCUGCUGGCGGCGCUGGGCGGCCGGGCCGUGCUGCCGGGCGGGCGCUGCGCGGCGCCGCUGGCCGACCUGCGCUCGCAGAUCUCGGGCGUGGAGACGCUGCUGGAGGAGUUCCGCCGGCAACUGCAGCAGGAGGAGCCGGGGCCGCCGGCGACGGCGAGCGGCGGCGGGGGCGGCGGGGAGCGGUGCGGCGGCAGCGGCAGCUUCUCCGCCAGGCCCGACUCCAUCAUCCGCACCAAGGACUCCAUCGCGGCCGGCGCCACCUUCCUGCGGGCGCCGGGCGCCGUGUCGGGCUGGCGGCAGUGUCUGGACGCCUGCUGCGCCGAGCCGCGCUGCACGCUGGCCGUGGUGCAGGGGCCCGCCCGCCCUCGGGGCACGGCGGCCGAGCCGGGCUGCUACCUCUUCAACUGCACGCACCGCGGCCGCCCCGUGUGCCGCUUCGCCCCGCACCGUGGGUACAGCUCCUACAGCCGCCGGACGGCCGGCAGCGCCCCGCCGCCGCCGGAAGAAGAAUACGAUGAGCCUCCACAGUGCAAGGCAGGACAAGAUAUUGUGCUACAGUCACCUGUUGACUGGGUGCUUUUGGAUGGCCGAGAAAGUUCAGAUGACCAUGGAAUUGUGCAGUAUGAGUGGACACUGCUGCAGGGUGACUCAUCGGUUGAAAUGCAGGUACCACAACCAGGAACACUGAAACUGUCUCACGUUCAGGAAGGCGGGUAUAUUUUCCAGCUAACUGUGACAGACACUGCAGGUCAGCGGAGCUCUGACAACAUCUCUGUGACCGUUCUGCCCAUGGUUCAUUCCGCAGGAGCCUGUGUUGGGGUUUGCUCUCGCUACCAGUUUAUCUGCGAUGAUGGCUGCUGCAUUGACAUCACUUUUGCUUGUGAUGGUGUGAGACAGUGCCCUGAUGGAUCAGAUGAAACUUUCUGCCAGAAUCUCAGCCCAGGUCGAAAGACAGUGACACAUGCAGCUCUUGGCACUACCCAGCAAAGGACUGUAGGACUGACUGAAAACACAGAUGAAAAUUUCUCUGCAGAAAACACCCUGAAAGCCACUGUCAGAAAUCAACCAGUUCUCUCAGUGGAUGCAGACAUGUCUAACCAAUCGCUUUCUCAGGGACCAAAGAAACAAAUCAGUGGAUUUGUGCCAGAUUGUCAUGGAAAUACAAUCCAGGAAGGAAAACACGAUGCUCUCAAAUCCAGUGAAUGCAAGGCAGAGUAAAAGAAGGUGUUACCUACUGGAGACAGCAUGUGGCACAUUCUAGCUGGCUGCUAGACUUGAUGCUCGAUACAGGAGCUUUCAGCUGACUUCUAAAGAACAGAAGUUUUUCCCAAGAAGUUGCAGGACUGGGGACUUGCUUUGUUUUCUUUUUUACAUUUGUUUUUACUACAGUGGUGGUUACAGUACCAAUAAGGGCAUGUCCCUUCUGCUACUUACCUCUCCAUAAACAGAUUUCAUCUCUCAUAUUCCAAUAAAGAUGUCCAAUAAAGGGACCUUCUUGUCGAGUACCAGCAUAUUUAUCUUUUCUCCAUUUUAAAAGUAGCUGGGCUACGCUGUAAUAUUUUGGACUGUGGGAUAGUUCCUGGUAGCAGGAAUAUGAGCUUUCUGCCUAUGAGGGUCAUACAAGGGAAAAUUUGUCCCAGAAUCCAUUUUCUCUUAAUAGUUUCUCUUUCCAGAUGUCCCUUAACCUGCCAUCUUUACUCCAGUGGCCCUCAUGUUUGUCUCUGACUUGACACAAAGUUUUUAAGGAUUUACACUGAAGUAUGAAAAUAUGAAAAUAUGCAAGUCCAAAUUAAGUACUAUUUAAAAUUUCUACCUGACCUAGCAGAGGAUUUAUUCACAAUAAGGAGAAAAAAAAAACACAACCAAGCAACCAAAACAAAAGCCAAAAAUCAGUCAUUGUUGACAGUGGCUGAAUCUCAUUCUGCAUCCUGCCUUUCCAGUGGGAUUCCUCUACAGCUAGGUGACUCCAGGGGAACACUUAGUCCAACACUAAGAGAUAACUUCCUCAGACACUCAGGGCACAGAGUCUUCUGCAACAGACUCAUGGUUUAAUUUUUGCCCAAACAUUUUCUUCCAAAGUUGGGAGCAGAGGCAGGAAGAGGCAUUUUAUGUCAAUAAAGGAAUCUGUUCUCUCUCUGCAGACAUACCUCCAUAGUAAAGUAACCCAGACUGCAUCUCCUGCAAAGGCCAGCACAGCAUUUCUUCUCCAAAGAGCCCAAGUGUCCUUCUCCAGGGAAGUUCUUAAACCCAGCUGCAUAUUCUGGCACUGCUGCAGGUGCAGAUGAAUACAGCAAACAUACAUUUGCAGCAAAGCUCACUGGAGUGAGCAGUGGGCUGGCUUCUAAGCAGCAACAGCCAGUAGCAAACGUGGUCAUGCAGACAGGUUGAAUUCAUGAGCAGCCUGAAGAUUUGUGCUCCCCAGCAUAGCCAACUCAAGUGUAUAAAUCACAAUAACAGCUUUGCAUUCCCCUGGCACAAGGUCCCUGCCUCUUCCAGGCUGCCCACACCAGCUGUUGUGCAGUGCUGUUCAGGGCUGGGAUUACAACAUCUGGCUGAGUGCCCAAGCCUUAGUCAUGUUUUUACUGUGGAGGCAUCGACAGUGGGAGCUCUAACCUAGAUCUCUAAUUUAGGGUAACUGGAAAGGGCUGUAAAUUGCAAUUUACUAUUAACAGACUAGAAAAUCAAGAGGAAGUGAAAACAAAAUGAAACCCAGUUAACAUGAUUAUGUCAGGCUUCUAAACUUAUGUGGGGAAAUUGCUCUUUGUUUUCUAGUGAUAAUAGAUAAGGUGUUAAGCAGCACUGACUGAUAGUCUCUCCAGUCAUGUAAGAGCAGCCACAAGUCUUAACAAAAUCCUACAAGCUUUAUUGAAGGGAUUCUGUUCUUCUACCAUUCCAAAAUUUUCCCACUAAACUUCUCUCCAUAUUUGCCAAAUGUUUUUACAAGCAGUUGGCUUAAAUAUUCCAUUUACUCAAAUGGCAGGAAACAAAUUUACAAAACAGGCAUUUAGAUCUAGCCUUGCCAUUCAGGCUGUAGCAGCUCUUAAGAAGAGCCAAUAUCUUUUGAGUAUUUUCAAAAUAAAGACAAAUAUUUGUUUAAUUUCAUUCAGGAAAAACAGAAGCAGAAAACAGCUGCUGGUUUUAGUCUAAGUUACAUUCGGUGAUGUUGCACAGAUCUGAUACCAUACAGGUACUUUAAAGCCAGUACAAUUUACACUUAGGAUUCCCUUAAGUCCACUUUACCUGCCAGAACAACAUAAAGAGCCCAAUGAGGCGGAGGCCACAGCUCAUUCCUAAGGCAUCUCCUGCAGGUGAACUUAGUGUUUAUGUACCGCUAUCCAUAAUAGCAAGGCAGUAAAACCAGAGCCGGGGAGGUGGUGUUCUGCCUUAGAGUGGGAACAUCAGCACUGACCUCAUGACAGUAUUGAUAAAACAAUUUAAGCUUUAAUUAACAGUUGUGAGUAUUCGCUGCUGCCACUGACAGGGACACAUUCUGCGGCUCUUCAGAGCUGAUGGUAGUGGGUGGGAGUUACACAGAGUGCACGUUCCAAGCUAAUUGACUUAAACACUUCCUUAACACCCACCACUCUAUGUAAUGCCAAUUACAACAUUUCACAUUCAUGUUUUACAGAUCUUGUAGUAUAGUGUGUUCUGCUGGCUCUGUCACAGUUCUGAAGGCUGCCAGCAAAUGUCUCACAGCACAGUCAAAGUGCCCUUCAAUAUUUAUGUUAUCAGUAAACCCCCAAUAUAGUCAAUACUUUAAAAAUGUAGGCAUAUCACUGAUUUUUGUGAGGGUGUUGGUGGAUUAAGCUGUUAUUCUUGCAUGGUGUCCCCACAGCUAUCGGAGUAGGACUUGAGUGGGAGGGCAGGAGGAGGGAGUCCCAGCUGAGUUACUCUGCUUUUUUAAAGUAGAACUGCCGCCCCAUGCAUUCCUAAGAACACUCCUUGGCAGCAAAGUAUGUGUUGUCUCUUCUUGAGUAGGUAGAAUGCUCUGUAAUAUCUUACCUACCACACAAGCUGCACUGACUCCAUUCUCUUUGAAAUGUUUUCCCCAUGUAUUUUCAUGUCUUCCAAGUACCUAAGUUCUGCAUCUGUAUGUGUCAGGUAACAGGCAAAGUUAAGGUGAUUUGUGCAGCCAACCUAUGUGUUUUCUGCUUUGCGAGUUCCAAGGAUAGAGAUCAAUAUAACAUGAAAUGGCCUCAUUUUCAACUACAAUAUGUAAAGAGCUUAAGCAAAGUUUUAGCUCAGACUAGUCUAUACCUAAUUUUGGAAGUUUGUAAAACAGAAUUGAUAUCCUUCUUUUUUUCAGUGGAAAACGACCCCACUUGGGUUUGGUUGAGAUGAAUUGGGGUUUGGGAUGCAAAACUGAAUUCACAUUUUAGCUUUAGCUUCACAUUAUUUCAAAAAUUCAAGUUAUACAGUUGAAGUCAGAAGUUCUUAAACUACUGUUCUUUUGUUUGAUUUUUUUCCCUAAGUUUAGUACUUUACAUUAUUUAAUUCUAGUGUCCUGUGGAUAAGACUUUCUAAGUCACUGAACAGCCAUAUUCAUUUAUCUUGCUUGACU